AUGCGUGUUAAUAAAGAACUCUCGCAGAAUGGAUAUCAAUCUCAUCAUAGAAGAAAAUAUGAUGAUCGAUUAAAAAGAAAAAAUUAUCGUCAUGAAGAUCAUCAGUCUCGUAGUAAUGGAAAUUAUUCAUCGCGUACUUCAUUAAAAUCUCAUCAUUAUCAACAACAUCGCCAUGAAAAUUAUACAUCUUUACGUAGUUCUUCACCAUUAUUAAAUCGAAAAGAUAAUGAUCAAUCGAAUUACUACGACAAUCAUCCAUCAUUAUCAUCUCGAUUUAAUCGUCAAACGAAUAGCCCUGAUAUUCAUUCACCAUUAACAAUCGAUCAACCCAUUGUUUCCGAUCGUCCACCCCCAGCUGCUCUCUAUUAUAAGUCUUCACAAUCCAUGCGUGAUCGAAGUUUAUCAUCACAUUAUAUCGACUCAGAACGGAGUCGAUAUUCACCAUCAUCAUCUUCAGCUUAUCGACGAGACGAUUCUCAUCGAUCACCAUCUAUGUCUUCUUAUAGAAAUGAUCAUGUAUCUCGAAAUAAUAAUAACAAUGAUUUAUAUAUUCGUAAUGAAUAUCGAUCUCCAACAUCUCCUGUAUUAGCACCUUUGUCUACACGUAGUACUGUUGAUUCAUACAAUGAUAUAUAUCGACAAAAUGAUUAUAACAAUCGUUCUCAACAUUAUGAUAUAGGAUCAAAUCGAAAUGGUUCAUCGCGAGCUUAUCAUCCAAUAACAUCUACACCAUCGUCUAUUCACCGUUCUGAUUCAUAUCGGAUUUCAUCAACCACUCGAAUGUCAUCACCAUCAUCACUUCCAACAUUAUCUUCUUCUUCUUCUUCUGCUGCUGCUGCUGCUACUGCUUCUGCAUAUAUGAUUCAUGAUCAGUAUACACAGCCAUUUUCAUCUAUGAGAGAAAUCGAUUAUCGAACACGAGAUUACGGAAUGACAACGUCAAUUGAUUAUCAUCAAACGCUUUCAAAUAAAUCAUCUGAUCGUUAUGAUAAUGAUUAUUGUUCAUCAUCAUCAUCAUAUCGAGGUCGUUCGAAUCUCAAACGCUCUAGAUCAAGUUUUGAUGAGAAUGAAUCUAAACGAUUAAUGCGACGAUAA